GGCCAGUGACGUCACGGCCCGGGGCGUCCGUCGUGGGCGGGGCGGUACCGUGCGCGUGGCGGCUGCGUGCGCGGGAGUCAUGGCUGCUCGCAGAGCUCUGCACUUCGUGUUCAAAGUGGGAAACCGCUUCCAGACGGCGCGUUUCUAUCGGGACGUCCUGGGGAUGAAGGUUCUGCGGCAUGAGGAAUUUGAAGAAGGCUGCAAAGCCGCCUGCAAUGGGCCUUAUGAUGGGAAAUGGAGUAAAACAAUGGUGGGAUUUGGGCCUGAGGACGAUCAUUUUGUUGCAGAACUGACUUACAAUUACGGCAUCGGCGACUACAAGCUUGGCAAUGACUUCGUGGGAAUCACGCUCGCUUCUAGCCAGGCUGUCAGCAACGCCAGGAAGCUGGAGUGGCCCCUGACGGAAGUCGCAGAAGGUGUUUUUGAAACCGAGGCCCCAGGAGGAUAUAAGUUCUAUUUGCAGAAUCGCAGUCUGCCUCAGUCAGGUAAUUUUACCAGAACCAGAAAAAGCCUCUACUGGUUCUGUUCUACUGGUAAUUUAUUGAUUUUAUUUCAGUGUAAGCUGGAGCUCCAGGGCAUCAAGGGUGCGGUGGAGCACGCAGCAGCUUUUGGAAGAAUUGCCUUCUCUUGCCCCCAGAAAGAGUUGCCAGACUUAGAAGACUUGAUGAAAAGGGAGAACCAGAAGAUUCUGACUCCCCUGGUGAGCCUGGACACCCCAGGGAAAGCAACAGUACAGGUGGUCAUUCUGGCCGACCCUGACGGACAUGAAAUUUGCUUUGUUGGGGAUGAAGCAUUUCGAGAACUUUCUAAGGUGGAUCCAGAGGGAAGCAAAUUGUUGGAUGAUGCAAUGGCAGCAAAUAAAAGUGACGAGUGGUUUGCUAAACACAAUAAACCCAAAGCUUCAGGUUAAUGGAAGACGUGAUGCAGAGCAAGCCUCUGUGAUUCGUGCCCAGCACCUGUGAGGCCUGACGUGUCAGUUCCUGAUAAAUGUUCUUCCGAUUUGUUUCCCCUACAGGCAAGGAGGCUUGGGUAGUGCAGAUCUGUGUAUUUCAACCUUUGAAAGGUCUGAUGUAUUUUAGAAAUGAAAUCCAAUCAUGAGUGCAGGUAGAGAACGCCUGCUAUAAUCUACAGUGUUGCUGGGACUGCACAUUCUGUAUAUAACUAUGUUCGAUUAGUGACAAAUGAUUGUCCAGACUAGGACAGCGGCAUGAAACAUGACUUUGGUUGGGAUUGCAGAUGGUUAGGGUUAACUCUGAAUCAUGCAGAUUUUUUGAGAGCAGCUGUUCAAGUCAGUCCAAAUUAAUGGCUUGUCAUGGUGCCAUUCCCAGCCCCUGAUAAUGAUAGGCUGUUCUGCUAUCUUCUGGCGGGUUUUGACAUUUUAAAUUUUCUAAAGAAAUUUUAUUCCUUGGACCAAAAGUUUUGGUUAACCAUCCCCAUCUUACUUGCUUUUACAUUUUGAGCAUCCAGAGGAAACAGAAAGGAAUGAGUGUGUGACGUUGCUGCACACCUGGCUCUGUGCAAGUUUCUUUCUGUAUAUAUAUAUUUUUUUGUUUUAUUUUUUUCUGUGUAUAUUUUUAAUCCCGACAGAACAUCAUGUGAGAUUUCCUUAAAAUGGAUUAAACAAUUUCUUCAGCCUGAAAAAAAAGUUUUAAAAAUGUUUUCUUGUAGUUUUGUUUGGUUCUAUAUAACAAAUAGGUUUUAGUCACUCGAAAUGGAAUUAUAUUGUGUAUUCAUCGAAUAAUUAAAUUUUUUUUUUAAAGUAAACUUC